AGGCCCUGUACCCCAUUUACAGUUUAUACUUCAAUGUAUCAGGUGGAGUUAUUCACCAGCUAUAGAGUGAGUUGUUGUUUAUGUUUCUAAGACUGCAGGGUGGGAGAUGCAACAAUGUCCUUGAGAACAGCAGGAAGUGUGUUGGUGGUCUUUCUCUGGUCUGUGACAGGUGUGGUCUCAUUCAUAACUUAUAUGUUUGUCAAUCUACAGACAUUUGUAGAAUGUUAAAAUUACAUUUGCUUGUGUUCUGUUAGGCAUCUCCACUUCACUUUAAAUAGUUAUGUUUCACACCUCACUGAGUGCUGAUUAUCUGUGAUUUCCAAUAUGGCAACAAAGUGUGGACAAACCCUACCUUCAGUGUGAGCCAAAAUACCUUGUCCUAAUUCUGAUACCAUUGUGAUGUCUAACUGUGUUUCAGUGGUACUGGGUCAGGAUGGCUGGAGUGUGAAAUACACCACUCAGAGYAUCUGUACCUUGAAGGGGUCAACAGUGGACCUGUCCUGCUCUUUCACAUAUCCCAGUGGUUAUACAGUCACAACAACUUUCUGGUUCAAUAAAUGGGGGACUGGUGUAGAACCUAAAGAUCUAGGUCCGAACCCCGAGUAUGCAGGUCGUCUGGAGUAUCAUGGGGAUAAGAAGAAAGACUGCACCCUGAAAAUCACAGACCUGAGAGAGAGAGACUCAGCUACGUACAGGUUCAGAUUAUUAACAGAUCAGGAAGGAGGGAAAUAUUCUGGAAGUCCUGGAGUCACUCUGUCUGUCACAGGUCUUCAGGUGAAGGUGACUGGUGGACAUCAGGAUAAGACACUGACCUGUAGCACCACCUGUACUCUGACUGACAACCCCACCUACAUCUGGUACAAGAACGGAGCAGGGAAGAGGACACUGACCUGUAGCACCACCUGUAUUCUGACUGACAACCCCACCUACAUCUGGUACAAGAACGGACACAAAGUAAAGGAGGACACUUCCAGCCUGAACUCAGACUACUUUAGUGAUGCAGACAGUUACUCCUGUGCUGUAAAAGGCCAUGAGGAUCUCCACUCUCCUGCAGUGUGUCAGAAGUGUUGGAGUGUGACUUACACCCAUCAGAGUAUCUGUGCCUUGAAGGGGUCAACAGUGAACAUAUCCUGCUCUUACACAUAUCCCAGUUAUCAUGAGAUCAAAAAAGCUUUCUGGUUUACUAACUGGUCUGGUAUGGACGCUGAAGAUCUGAGCUCAGUGCCAGGGUAUGAGGGUCAUAUAGAGUACCUUGGGGAUAAUGAGAGUGACUGUACCCUGAGAAUCACAGACCUGAGAUUGAGUGACUCUGCUGGGUUCAGGUUCAGAUUCAUAACAUCUGGAGAAAAGGCUGCUGGCUCACCCGUCUCCCUGACUGUCACAGGUAAUCUGUCACUCAUCUCACAUCUAUGACACAUGU